GAUGUUUCCCCUCCUCAAAGCUAUCAAUACAUUAUUCCUCAGAAAAAUAAAACUAAUUACAUAUUAAUUUCAUUAUUCAUUACUUUAUUCUCAACAUUCCACUUGUGUGAUUAUGUUGAAUCAACUAACUACAUAAAUUUAAGUUAAUUGUUCGUUACUUUAUUCUCUCGAUUUAACUUGUGGGAUUACACUGUAUAUGUUGUUACUUUAUUCCUGAGAAAAGUAAAAUUAACGUACAUAAAUUUAAGGAGUUCAUUGUUCAUUAUUUGAAAAAGAUUAACUGGUGUAAGUUUUUUUGUGAAGAAAAUUAGAUGUUUCCUUGAAUUAACUUCCUCAAAGUUCUUCUAUGAACCAGGUAAAGCCUCCAUUUCUAUUAUGAGCUUUCAAGAAUCUCUUCUCUGCCAGUGGAUAUUAUUUUUACUCCAAUUUCUGAAGUGAAUUUGUUUUUAUUUUUAAGUUGCUUAAACUCAGUAUCUUUGCUUGUUCUUUUCAUAUUCUGUGGAUUUAGAGUGUUUAGAUGAUCGCAUUAUGUUGCUAGUGUUACUGUUCCUUGCAUUACUACUUUGAUUUACUUCACUUGAGCUAAGGGUCUUUCACAAAAUUUCUAUCUCCACAAGGUAGGGAUAAGGUGUUUCCCAGACAGUCUUGUAAUGAUGGGAAAAGAAUUGGGACUUGAAAAACUUCUGGUUUUGUUUUUGGUAUUAAUAUCAGUGAGAUAUUCAGAGGAAUUACAAUCUUCUCAAGUGAAAACCCUUAAGAGAAUUCAACAUCUUUUGAAUUAUCCAACAGCUUUGAAUAGUUGGAGUAAUGAGACAGAUUUCUGUAAGAUGGAGCCAAGUUUAUCUGUUACUGUUGUGUGCUACGAUGAAAACAUAACUCAGUUGCAUAUAAUAGGGAGAAAGGGGACUUCCCCAUUACCUAGAAAAUUCUCCAUUCGUUCAUUUCUCAAUGCCCUUGCCAAGCUUCCUAGCUUGAAAGUCCUUAGAUUAGUUUCUCUUGGUUUAUGGGGACCGUUGCCAGGCAAUGUUUCAAGACUCGCAGCUCUCGAGAUACUUGACUUGAGUUCAAAUUACUUUCACAGUAGCAUACCCCAAACAGUUUCUUCUUUAACACACCUCCAAACUUUAGUGUUAGAUGGAAAUAGGUUGGCUGGCAGAAUUCCAGAUGGCGUUGGUUCACUUUCAGCUUUGGCAGUUUUGAGUGUGAAGAGCAAUAUGUUAAAUGGAUCUUUGCCAGAUACACUACGGGAUUUGAAGAAUCUUCGUGUACUUUCACUUUCGAGGAAUAAUUUUAGUGGUGAUGUGCCUGAUCUUAGCAGUUUACAAAACCUUCAAGUAUUAGAAUUAGAGGACAACUCUUUUGGACCAAAGUUUCCUCAAAUUGGAAGCAAAAUUGAAAGCAUUGCGCUGAGUAAUAACAAAUUCAGUGCAAGCAUUCCAGAGAAAGUUCAGUCCUAUUAUCAGCUUGAACAUUUUGAUAUUUCUUCGAACAACUUUGUAGGGCCGUUUCCUCCGUCGUUGCUAUCUUUGUCAUCCAUCACUUAUCUGAAUGUUGCAGGAAACAAGUUAACGGGAAUGCUUUUCGAAGAUAAUCCAUGCAACACUGCAUUAGAUUUUGUUGAUCUGUCUACUAAUCUGUUGACAGGAACAUUACCUAGUUGCCUUCUGUCUAGUUCUAGGAACAGGAUUGUGCAUUUUUCUAAUAACUGCUUAGCAACCGAAGACGGUUCUCAACAUCCACUUUCAUUUUGCCGGAAUGAGGCUUUGGCUGUUGGUGUCUUACCUCAUCAUCAAAGACACAAACCUGCUUCUAAAGUGGUUCUUGCCUUGAUCAUAUGCGGUAGCAUCACCGGUGGAGUUAUACUCGUAUGCCUGACCAUCUUGAUUGUCAAAUCCUUUCUUGCAAAGAAGGCUGCCAAAAACACCACAACCAGAUCUAUUUCAGACGAUGCAUCAUCUUUAUAUACCAACAAGUUAUUCACAGAUGCAAGAUAUAUUGCUCAAGCAAUGAAGCUAGGAGCACUUAAUCUUCCAUCUUAUAGAACCUUCUCUCUAGAUGAACUUGAGGAGGCUACGAACAACUUUGAUACAACAAAUUUUAUGGGCGAGAUUCCUAAUGGCCAGAUGUACAGAGGCCAGCUGAGAGAUGGUUCAUAUGUUACCAUUAGAUGCCUGAUAAUGAAAAGAAGCAACAGUCAUCAAAAUUUUAUGCAUCACAUAGAGUUGAUAUCCAAGCUCAGGCAUCAGCAUUUGGUCAGUGCUCUUGGACACUGCUUUCAGUUUUACUUGGAUGAUUCAAGUGUCAGCAGAAUUUUUCUCGUCUUUGAGUACGUACCUAAUGGGACCCUAAGGAGAUGGAUUUCUGAUAAACAUGCUAGACGGAAACUAACUUGGAUCCAACGUAUAGAAUCUGCUACAGGGGUAGCAAAGGGCUUACACUUCUUGCAUAAUGGAAUUGUCCCUGGAAUCUUUUCAAAUAAUUUGAAGAUAACAAAUAUUUUGUUGGAUCAGAACCUUGUUGCCAAAAUUAACAGCUAUAAUUCUCCUAUUCUGUCAGAGAAUUUCGGAAAGGAAUAUCGCCAAACUUUUCCAGUUGGUUAUAACCAGAGGGAAAAAUAUGAAGAGAAGUUGGAUGUGUAUGACUUUGGAGUUAUACUGUUGGAAAUCAUUACGGGGAGGCAGAUAAAUACAAGAAAUGACAUCCUAAUUCUACAAAAUCAGUUGCAAGCAAGCAUAACGGGCAAAGGAGCAAAUGUGGUUGAUGUAGCAAUAAGAAGUUCAUGUUCGGGUGAAUCAUUGAGGACGAUGGUAGAGAUGUGCUGCAGGUGUUUGCACGAAGAUCUGGUGAACAGGCCUUCGAUGGAGGAUGUGCUAUGGAAUUUACAGUUUGCAGCUCAAGUUCAGGAUGAUUAUCACAGCACUGAUGGCUCUCCAAUUCACCUCUACAACCUUCAAGCCAACUCAUCAUUCGAUAGUGAACAUGUCAAGUACUAGUAACUAAACAUCUUUAACUAUAUUUGGACUCGAGUAGCCCAUUUUCCAAUUACAAAGUAUAAUAGCUUGGCUUUUGGACAAUAUAUAUUUAGUUGAAAUUUGAAAAAGGAAUAUUUUGGGUGAUUCUAAUUCCAAAGCUAGCCGCUUUAAGUUUGGAGUUCAUUAAA